AUGGUGGGGAAUUGAAAGGAGAUAGACCUUGCCAUCCCCCCGCUCUCGGCUUCCAGACCCGGAGCUCCCUCCGCCGAGCUACAGCAAGGAGCGCCGGCGCAGUUCGUGCAGCCGCGGGAUGCGCGACCCCGACGAGAUCCUGCGCAAUCUCAAGGCCGUCAAGGGCGAACUCCUGCUGCGGCGCACCAUGAGCUUGAGCGGCAACAAACUGCGGAGACCGGACAAGAUGUAGCUCACUUCUCUGGAAGCAGGGACGCGCAAGAUGCGAUGAUGGAUGUGCCGGAAAAGAACACCAGCAGCAGCCCCUCCGACGACGAGGAUCGGUGGAGCAGCCAGGAGGUGCAGCUGGGACCUGGGCAGGUGCACCCGCGUGGAUACCGCCAGCCGUCGGGCCGCCACGGCGAGCUCCGCCUGGGCCUGGUCAUGACCAAGGGCCACCUGGAGCUGGAGGUGCUGGCCGCUCGCAACAUCGUGUGGGAGGACCGCGAGAACCCUCCAGGUGGGCGCAGCUCCCCUCUUCGCCCUAAGUUUAAGGCCGCGCCGCUGGGCUUCGCAGCGGCCGACACCUACGGAUGUCGUUCAGUAUGCAAGUUUCCCUGU